AUGUCCCAUGGUUUAGAUGAUCAACCGGCCAAAGGACAGCGUGUUACGGUCUUUGGUUAUUCUGGGUGGGAUCGCAUAACUGAGCCAUCUGGGUCGACUGAUCCUCAGGAAGUGUUAACCGUAUACAACAAUCCUUAUGCCUCCCUAAAUAUGAAGCAACAACGGGCUCGGCUUCCAAUUUACAAGAACCGAGAUCAUAUCCUAUACCUAUGUGAGAAGUAUAGGACCGUUAUUAUCGUAGGUGAGACGGGUUGCGGAAAAAGUACUCAGGUCCCGCAAUACCUCUUAGAGGCAGGAUGGGCCAAUGAUGGCCGAAUGAUCGGAAUCACCCAACCUCGAAGAGUGGCUGUUGUUACGUUAGCUGCACGUGUUGCUGAGGAGAAAGAGACUAUUCUCGGACAAGACGUGGGCUACACAGUCCGUUUUGACGAUGUCACUGAUGACCAAACAAAGAUUAAGUAUAUGACUGAUGGAAUCCUUCUGAGAGAGUUACUGACAGAUCCUUUGCUUUCAAAAUAUAGUGUUAUAAUGAUCGAUGAGGCCCAUGAACGGACUUGCAACUCUGAUAUUCUGCUUGGUCUGCUUCGAAAAGUGCUCAUUGUUCGGCCUGAUUUACGCAUUGUAGUGUCAUCAGCAACGCUCGAUGCUGAGCUUUUUCGAGACUUCUUUGAGCUGAAUGAAAGCGAUGACCAUAACCUCGAUACCUCGUGUAUAAUGUCUGUGGAAGGGCGAACGCAUCCAGUUACGAUAUACCAUACAAAGACGUCAGUGCCGAAUUAUAUCAAAGCCACGGUGGAUACUGUGCUGGAUAUUCACAAAAAUGAGAUUCCAGGCGAUAUUCUUGUAUUUCUUACGGGUCAAGAAGAGGUUAUUCAG